UUCUUUACGACAGCCGUGUUCAGACAGACCGGUGUCGUACGUUUUUGCAGAAUCACCAUGGCGUCUGUGUUGAAAGAGACUGCGAGCUUGUAUGAGACGUUGAAAGGCGAGUGGAACAAAAAGACUCCGAACUUGAACAAAUGUGGUGAAAUCCUGAGCAAACUUAAGAUAUCCCUGCUGGAGUUGAACUUUUUGCCAACUACUGGGACCAAACUAACCAAACAGCAGCUUAUUCUUGCCAGAGAUGUCUUGGAGAUUGGAGCACUGUGGAGCAUUCUGAAGAAAGACAUCCCGUCCUAUGAACGCUACAUGGCUCAGCUUAAGUGUUAUUACUUUGAUUACAAGGAGGAAUUACCCGAGUCAGCCUACAGGCACCAGUUGCUGGGUCUGAACCUGCUCUUCCUGCUCUCUCAGAAUAGAGUGUCUGAAUUCCACACAGAGCUGGAAAGACUAAGUGCAAAAGACAUCCAGACCAAUGUCUACAUCAGGCACCCAGUCUCAUUAGAGCAGUAUCUGAUGGAGGGCAGUUACAACAAGGUCUUCCUUGCAAAAGGAAACAUCCCUGCUGAGAGCUAUACCUUCUUCAUAGACAUUCUUCUUGACACCAUUCGGGAUGAGAUUGCAGGUUGUAUAGAGAAAGCAUAUGAACAGAUCCAGUUCAGUGAGGCCACACGGGUGCUUUUCUUUUCUUCCCCGAAAAAGAUGACAGAAUAUGCCAAAAAAAGAGGCUGGACCCAGAGCCCUGAUGGAUACUACUCAUUCAGUACUCAGCAUCAAAAGACAGAGGAAGUGACAAUCCCCUCCUCAGAGCUGGCUCAACAAGUCAUUGAGUAUGCAAGGCAGCUGGAAAUGAUUGUGUAGUGUGGCUAUAGCACAAUUAGAAACAUGUAUACAUAAAGGUUCCCAUUUGUUUUAUUCGAAUAUACAAAUAAAACCAUUGUACAGUUUACUCAAUUUAGACACAACCCCAAUGAAUGCUCUCAGAGGUAGAGGCCAGAACUCUUUGGCCUACAUGUAACCGAUUUCUACUUUCUCAUGCCUGUAUAAGAUUCUGUUCAGGUAACAGGGUUGUGGCCAUAUUUUCUGUUUUCAGCAAGAUUUUUUUUUAAAAUAAACACAUUAAAUGUCAUUUUUGGAUAAUUACAUGUUCCACUCAACAUUUGUUUUCCUUUGCAAGGUUUGAUGGUUCUGACUGGCAUGAUUAUGGAUGUUGUCAGCUGCUUAAACUUGAGUGUUCACUGAAUUAUUGUACUUCGUUUUGAUGCCCUUGCCUUGUAUCCUAAACAGAAUGAGGACUACAAAGUUUGUAGAUGUUUCUAAAUUGGAAAGUUAAUUUGUCCAGUUAUGGGAUGUUUAUUUCUUUGUUGUUACAAAUAAAAAAAUUCGGACUCUUUUAGAAAA